AUGACGGCUUUCUACUUUCGUGAGGGGGUUUGGUGUCCCCACACUGGUUGGCAGUGGUACCAACCCGGAGUGCCUUAGAUCCAUGCCUGCAUCACUGUUGAGGAUGUCCAGAUGAUGGCCAGAAUGGCCCGCAGGGGCCAGAGGAUUGAGGUGUGUCUUACUAUAGGAGCCCAAACACUGCCAGGUGUUGACUCAUACAACACUGUGGCUGAAAUCACGGAGAGUGAGCAUCCUAAACAGGGGGUGCUGCUCAGUGGUCAUCUGGAUAGCUGGGACGUUGGCCAGGGUGUUGUGGAUGAUGGAGACGGGGUUGUCAUUUCCUGGGAAGCUGUGAGACUGGGAGACUUAGGGCUGCGUCCCGAAAGAACACUGAGGAUGGUUCUGUGGGCCGCAGAGGAGACAAGGGGGGUGGGAGCUGCUCAGUACUUCCAACAGCACAAACUACACUUCCUUUCAAACUUUGACCCGGUGAUGGAGUCUGACCUGGACACCUUCAGUCCUCUGGGACUAGAGUUCACUGGCAGUGAUAAAGUUCGGGCAAUUAUGAAAGAAUUUAUGAAACUGUUGGCUGUCAUCAGUGUCAUGUCGCUUGAAGAACAUGGAGAGGGAACAGACAUUUACAUGUGGAUUAAGGCUGGGGUUCCAGGUCAGUUUCAUCUAGCACAAUUUAGUUCUGGAUCUUGUCUUGUGAUUGAUUGCAAUUAACAAAGUGAAACUGCAAAAUCCAUUUUAAAAGGACAGUUCACCCAAAUGUGAAAAUUACUAUUCAUCCUUGUGUCAUGCCAAACCAUAUCUUUCUUUUGUGAACAGAAAAUAUAGUAAAAGAAAUAUUUAUAUCAAGAGUAAGAGUUCUUACUAGAACCAGGAAGUAUGACCAUAUUAGCCCGGUCCUGUCCACACUGCACUGGCUACCUAUGAAACAUUGUAUAGAUUUUAAAAUAUUGCUUAUUACUUAUAAAGCCCUGAAUGGUUUAGCUCUUCAGUAUUUGAAUGAGCUCCUUUUACAUUAUACUCCUCUACGUCCGCUACGUUCUCAAAACUCAGGCAAUUUGAUAAUACCUAGAAUAUCAAAAUCAACUGCGGGCGGCAGAUCCUUUUCCUAUUUGGUGCCUAAACUCUGGAAUAACCUACCUAAAAUUGUUCGGGAGGCAAACACACUCUUGCAGUUUAAAUCUAGAUUAAAGACCCAUCUCUUUAACCUGGCAUACACAUAACAUACUAAUAUGCUUUUAAUAUCCAAAUCCGUUAAAGGAUUUUUAGGCUGCAUUAAGGAUUAAGGGGAAGUCGUGGCCUAAUGGUAAGAGAGUCGGACUCCCAAUCGAAAGGUUGUGAG